ACUCCCAAUCCCGGGCGCUUUUGAAAAAGGAAAGCUUUGAAAAAAUAACAAAUUGCUUAGGUACAGUUACGUCGCAAGUUGAGGGUUUCAUGGCAAAUCCUUCUCUAAAAGAUUGAAAAACCUAGAGAAAUUCCAUCCUGAAAGGGAUAUCUUGUGAGCUAAUCGACGUGAUCAGCAGCGGAGCUAAGAUUCACGAUACAUGCGCAAAGAGGUUUAGCCAUGGCGUUCAAAACCUUCCUCUCCCGUUGCACGAGUUCCAUUCUUUUCUACACACGGUCCUAUUCAUCUUCAUCCCAACCGUCUCAUACUAACACUAACAGCGCACCCUCACACCUAAUGUGGCACAAUUUGCAAACUAAAAUUUCGAAAGAAAUGUUCCCUAAAGCAUUUUUUGGCGCUAACGAUGGCCUCUGUCCUUCACUUCCAUUUCUCUUACAACAACAAGAUGCAUUUCUACCUGGAGCGCCCGACUGUGUAACGCCAAUGCAGUUGUUUCCAAAGAGGACAUACCAACCUAGUAACAUUAGACGGAAGAGAAAUCACGGCUUCCUUGCAAGAAAGGCAACUAGUGGGGGACGAAGAGUUAUUGCACGCAGGCUAAAAAAGGGAAGAGCAAGAAUUACAGCUUGACAGAAAUUAUUUCAAUGAUUUUAGUAUAGUAAUUUUGCUGCACUUUUUGUGUAUUUGGUCCUUCACAACCUCUUUUGGAAAGGGACUCAAAAUAUGUUUUGAGUGUUUAAUUAAAUAUUGUUAGUGAUUAUGCCAAUUCUAUUUAUACCUUACUAAGCCAUUCAGAUAUAUUGCAGCAUUUUCUGCACUAUUUUAACUUUGAUGCCGUGUUUCACCAACCAGCAUUCGACCUGGACCUCGAUUCUAAUGGAAAAUUUCAAAAUUAUAAAAAAAUGUUAUUAUUGGUGGAUA